AGGGCAGCCAGUCUUACUUUGGAGGCAGCCGGCGAAGGGAACACUCAUCCACGCCUUCUGCGGCCUCCUCCUUCCUACGUGAUUAUAAUUAUUUGUUCUUUCACUGUAAUCUUCGACUUCGCUUCACGGGAUUAAUGGUUUCGUGUCGCAUCGGAAACUGACUUUUGUUUGUUUCCUUUCGUUUUGUGUCUCAGUCUCACUCGGCCUUUCAUUGUCUUUAUCGAAAAUCAAUCCGUUCCCGCAGCAAGCAAAGUGCGUCAUCGGCUCAGCGUGUGAGCAUCAUCAUAACCCAAAGAGCAGUCGCGGUGCAGCACCUGUAGAAGUGACAAGGGCCAGGAGCCGCCAAGAAACCCACCAGGCAACGAGUUUGUCGGGGCGGAGGUAUCGGCACUUGCUCCUCCUCCUCCACCACCCGCCACCACCAUGACUCCACUCUGGACGUGUCGGCUGCUGCUAAUGCUGAUGCUGGCCGGUCCAUCUCUGCCCCAGCUGGCUAUACCUGCGGAAGAACGUGACGGAGGGCACGGACACGGCGGCGGACACGGCGGUGGGCAUGGCGGUGGGCACGGCGGUGGGCAUGGCGGUGGGCAUGACGGUGGGCACGGCGGUGGGCACGGCGGUGGGCAUGGCGGUGGGCACGGCGGUGGGCACGGCGGUGGCUACGGAGGAGGCCAUGGUGGGGGCGGACACGGACAUGGGGGGUACAAGCCUGCCCCCUGCCACCCCCAGACCAUCACCAAGUACCGCACCGUUUACAAGGACAAAAAAGCCGAAGUUGUUAAUAAUGUGGAAGUGAGGAACCCCAAGCCACAUGUGAAGAAGAUCGUGGAGACGCGCUACACCACCAUUAGGUACCCGGUGUUUAUCACGCAGGUCAUCAAGCCACUGCUCACCCAGGUGGAGACGAAGGUGCGGCCGUUGUUCUUCACUAAAACCAUCAACCGCUACACUACUGUCAAGUUCACCGUGACAGGCAUCGGCCAAGUCACCCACACCACCGUCAAGUUUGAGAAGGAGUACAUCACCCGCUGCAACAAGAAAGGUUACGACCAUCACCGCAGGGACGCCACAGACGGUCCUGAGGUUGAUGUUGAGGCCGACAAGCCCUCGAUCCCCACUUACCGCACGGCGGCGAUAGAGGCACCUCCCGGCAUUCCCUACGAUAACGUUCCCCUCCAACCAUCAGACGACGGCCUGAAGCCAACGCCAGUACAGACCGGCCAAGUGACCCCCGCUUCGGUGCCUCCUGGUGGAUACAGGCGACCGGGACCUUUCAGGCGCCCUCCCCCUCCUCCUCCCCGACCGAUUGGACCUCGACCUUUAGGCUUCUACGGUGCCUUGGCUCAGUUGGGGUUGGCGGGCUCUCAGCAGAGUCAGCGAACAGAGUCUUACCUGCCCCACCCUCCGCUGCCCCGGGCUCCUGCCGUGGUCAUUGGGUAGGGGGGACGUAGCGCCACCCUGACAUCCCGCUCGUAGUAAGCCUACACUCGUUAUCUCACUCACGCCCCUCAGCUAGUCUGUCAUCAUCAUCGGCCUCCUCGGCGUGCUAGUCCAGUGUUUAGUAAGGUUUGGUUUCUGAUCAGUAUCAAUAUUAUGACUAUUUUAAAGCCUGUAAGCAAACUGUCCUCACGGACUCUCUUUACUCCCUUUAACAAUACUCUCUUAUGGAUGUUCCUUGCGAAGUCCCUUCCUCACAGCCACCUUCAUGUAGAUUUGGUGAUCUUCGCUGAGGCUGCCGAGCUCUGACAGUCCAGCCACAGCAGCCUGUGGUGCGUGGCUCAAUGGAAGCAGACGGAGGAAGACCUCUUUCAUUUUCAUUCGUGGCGCUGGUCGCUCCUCGUUAUUGCGUUUUACGUCGUUGUGCUGCGUUAUUACUCUGUUAUGUUUAUUAAAAUGGUAUCCAAAAUG